AUGAUGGUCCUCACUCUUCUGUCUUUCAUCCUUGUCCUUGCUGGACAGACAGCGGGAACAAUUAUCGAAGUUCCGAAUGGAGCUCAGUGGGGUACAUGGGGUACACUGGAUAAAUGUGCUCCUGGGACCGUGGCAAAAGGCUUCACCCUGAAGGUAAAAUCAGCUUUCAGCUCAUAGAAUAAUUGGAGGAAAAUAAGUCAAAUUGUUUCAUACUUACCAUAAACCAACUCCAUUGCAAAUUAUAAACCUGACCAGGAAUAGUGCAAAUUAUAGAGGUAGAAGUAUAAAAUUCUGGGGAAUCUUGCAGUACUUAAAAAUUAUUACUAACAUUUUGACCUGAUGAAACAAUCAGCUUGUUCACAACUUCUAAAUCAAAGUAACAUUUUUUAAACAGUCAGAUGAAGAGCUCGUAGGAGCCGAUAAGUAGACCAGGCUGUGCACCUGCAAUCAGCAAGAACUACUAAGAUUCAACCUUGCUCUCACAUUGUCAAAUAAUGUCUUGAUCAAUGAUGAGAUGGUAUUUGGCAAUUAAAUUACUCACCAAAGCCCGGUUAGCACCCCCUUCAAAUAAAACAUUUUAACAAAAAAAUGAUGCAGAUUGCUAGAUCCUUGUUAAAUCUGGUUAGAUCAAUUGUUGUUUGUGUUAGAUCUAGCAUAAAAGAAGCAAUAUUAAGAAUUCAUAGUGAUUAUGUGAAAUAUAUGCAAUUAUGUGAGAUCUAAAUUUUUGCCUAAAUGACCUAAGCACAGCUAAAUCCAAAGGCCACUACUCCAUACUAAUUCUUCUUGACCUCUCUGCUUCCUUUGACACUGUUGAUCAUGCUCUCCUUCUCCAAACUCUUCAAUCCCUUGGUCUCUAAGACACGUCCUCUUGUGGUUCUCCUCCUAUCUCUCCCAACAUUCGUUCAGUCUCUCCUUUUGCAACCUGUCUCGGUUGGAGUCCCUCAAGGAUCUGUUCUUGGUCCCCUUCUGUUCUCUCUUUAUACAGCCUCUUUUGGCAAACUAAUUUACUCCUUUGGAUUCCACUACCAUCUGUAUGCCAAUGAAACCCAGAUAUAUCUCUCCUUCCCUGAUCUCUCCCCCGCGGUCCUGCAACGUGUCACUGCUUGCCUUUCUUCAAUCUCUAAUUGGAUGUCCUCCAGCUUUCUGAAACUCAAUCUCUCUAAAACUGAGCUUCUUAUUGCUCAUAAUGCUGAUCCUCCUCCUUCGCUCUCCCUUGCAUCAGUCUAUUAUUGCAAGCUCGUUGUCAUGGUGUUAUCUUUGAUCCUGGCUCUACAUAUCCAGUAUGUUGCUAAAACUUGUCGAUUCCACCUUAAAAAAUAUCACCCGCUGUACUGUACCUUGCAAACACAGACAAGCUUACAUGUACACACAAACUUAGUACAGACAAACUCUCUGACACACAUAAGCUUACUACAGACAAACUCACUGGUAUACACAAAGAUGCAUACUACAGACAAGCUCAUUGACACACAUGUCACUACAGACAAGCUCACUGACACACACAUACAUGCUCAAUACAGACAUGCUUACUGACACACACUACAGCUCAAAAGAUCACUCUCACUCACUAGCUGCAGUGUAUUUGAAGCCUACCUGGUACUGCAGUCUGUUCCUGUAGUACCCUGGGAGAUGAGGAUUCCAUUUCCUGGCCUCUUCCUGGUCAGCAGCUUGAGAUCGGGGGUGGAGCUUGCAAUCAGGGGUGGGGCUUGUAAAUUGUGGGCAAAGCUUGAGUGCCAGAAAGCUCCCUCCCUGCAGUGCUAACUCCGGCACCAAGCUCCCCCCUCCAUAAUUCCUUAGGACUCACAGUCCUCACAGUCUGAGGGAAAAAUACCAAAUGGUAUUAGUUAUAGGUAUUAGGGCUCUCUCCCCGGCCCCAAGUGCUGCUGCCCACUGUGAAAUUUUCGGGUAUCCCGGUGGGCCAGUCUGGCCCUGCCUAUAGGUGUCAAUUCAAAAUACUAACAUAAAUACUAACUAAAUACUAACCCUUUAUCCAGAAAAAGAUGUUGCACUAGAGUAUUACUAUGUGUAUCUAGUAAGUAUAUAUCUCACCAGUAAACCUUCAUAAUAAUCAUCUGAAAAGAUACAUAUAGACAAUAUAGUGCAGACCAUCUGAUUGUAAAAUAUUCUUGUAGUGCACACUUAAAUAGAAAAAUGGGAGUUCACACUCACAUUUCCCAGAGCCUAAUGAACCCUGGCUCUGGGUGGGAUAAGCUUCUAUGGAGAGGGAAAUGUUCCCACAAUCUGGUUCCUCAGAGAGACCAAACUUUCUUCUGCAGCACUGUAUGGGAGACACAACCAGGAGCACACCAAUAGCAUACUAUAAAAUAAUAUAUUUAUUAGUAAAACAAUUAAAACUGCUAACUCAGCAAGAUAUGGGCUUGUGACAAAUAAGUUCCCACUAAAAGCGCUUGUUUAAAAGUCAAUUGCUCCUGUCACUUCCUUGUUGCUGGUCCUGGCUCCGCCAAACUUAUGACGUAACAUGUUUCAUCCAUGUGACCUGGGCUUCCUCAGAUGUCCUCUUCAUGCUGCUUGCUGUCCAUUUGUAUCCAAAGCUCCUCCCCCCUUCAUUUCUCAUUGGCUGGGUUCACACAGUUUGUAAGUCGCUCAUCUCUUGCUCACAUUUGUUCAUCCUAAUGGAGCUGAUAUGAUUCUAACCAGUUACAGCUCACCAUAUAUACAUCUCAUCCGUUAACAUAAUAAGUAUACAUAUGGGGAAAUAAAGAAAAACAUCAUUAUUCUCUAGAUAAGUACAUUGUCCUCUCCCUUAUAUUGCAGUCACCAAUCUUAUAUUAACAUUUGUCAUUUCUGCUUAUAUUCCUAUUGGCUUUAGGGUAGUGUGACGAAGUGCCCUUUGCCACUUGUGCCUGGAGGGGACUACUGGCUAGUCUCCUGCCUUCCGACUAUCACCCCUGUGCUGAUAGCUGUAUUUUACUCUGCAGAAAGAAAUUUCUGCCGGGGCGUUCGGGACUUUCAUUAAGUGAGUAGUGCAACCCCAGAUAGCUAUGCCAUGGAGCCUAUUCGUGUAACGAAAGACAGAGCGCCGCUGGCCUUUGCCCCCAAGCAACACCAGCUGUUUGCCUAGCUGCAUCAGAGAGACCGAGAGUGCUGUGCUGACCCACUACAAACUUGAACCUACAGGCCAGUACCAUUUAUUGUGGGGGGGUUACACUGCGUAUAUUUCUUUGUGGGUGGGCUGCCCGACUAACCGGCAGAUGUGUGAUGAAGUGCCCUUCGCCACUUGUUCCUGGAGAGGACUACUGGCUAGCCUCCUGCCUUCCGACUAUGGCUCUUGUGCUGCUAGCUGUAUUUUACCCUGCAGAACAUACAUAUGGGGAAAUAAAGAAAAACAUCAUUAUUCUCUAGAUAAGUACAUUGUCCUCUCCCUUAUAUUGCAGUCACCAAUCUUAUAUUAACAUUUGUCAUUUCUGCUUAUAUUCCUAUUGGCUUUAGGGUAGUGUGACGAAGUGCACUUCGCCACUUGUGCCUGGAGGGGACUACUGGCUAGUCUCCUGCCUUCCGACUAUCGCCCCUGUGCUGAUAGCUGUAUUUUACUCUGCAGAAAGAAAUUUCUGCCGGGGCGUUCGGGACUUUCAGUAUGUGAGUAAUGCAACCCCAGAUAGCUUUGCCAUGGAGCCUAUUCGUGUAACAAAAGACUAUGGAAAAGAGUUUGGCUCCAUGGCGAUUAAACUGUAUGUAUGUGAUCUGAGCGCCAUUCGGUAAUAAUGUGCACUCAGAUCUAAGUUAUCUGGGGAUAUGUUGCAUGUAUAUGUUUUAUGUAGUAAUUGUAACAUUGUGUAAUUUUAUGUCUUUUUGUAACCAUGUCGUUAACGGAGUGUUGCCUCUGUCCUGGGAGAUAAUCUGAUUAAUUCCCAAUUAUCUCCAGGAUAGAGAGGAGGGAUUUUGAUGUCACUGUGGGAGUGUUUUGUUUGUAUUGUCUGUGAUUGGCUAAUAUCCAAUAUGUGUCCCCUUGUUCCAUCAGGUCCCCUAGUGGUGGACACUUGCAUAAAUACCAGGCAGGUAGCCCUCAAUAAACCAGACCUACUUGCACCUUUCUUGAAGCCUUGGCUCAUGCUUGGGGGAAGGAAUACCUACACUCUGCAGAUUGCUAUAAUCACUUACUCCUCAGAGUAAGCUCUUGUAAGAGCUUGAUUUGUUCCUGCCACGCUCUCUGGAUUUAGGAGAGGUUCACCCACUGGGAGCUGGAUCCUGGUCGUGGAUCCAGGGUGGGUGAGAGACGGCGAGACCCCGGCGCAGCUGCAUCGCUGGAAGUGGGGAAAGCAGUGCUGAUGGUGUCGGGUGGAGUGCUCGGAGUCCUCGGCCAGCGCUAGGAGCAUCGAUUUGGCGCAGGUAUUCGGUCGGAGUGCCAGCGGUCCGUCACAGGUAGUAAGGUGACUAUCUACUAAACAUGGUAAAGUUUAAAAAUAUGUCUUGUAAAAAGAUAGAAGUGUUUUAGCCUCCAGGCUAUAUAUAAACUUGAUACAGAGGAAAAAAUAAAUAGAUAAAAUCCUUCUAAAGUGAAGAAGGGGAUUAUCACCUAAAUAAAAAUAAUUAAGAAAAGGGGGAUUAUCGCCUAAAUAAUAUGUUUGUUUUUUUGUUUUGUUUUCCACUCAAAGAGACAAUGUAAAAUGAAGAUGCAAAUCUCUAUUGGGCAUAUCCAAAUCUAACAUCCCUAACUCAUAUAAUAUGUUGAAGGUUGAUGCAAAAUCCGAAUGUUUUCAAUAAAUAAUUUUAUAACCAGCCAUUUUAUGCAACCACAAAAUAGGGUAGAAAACCUCAAUGUAGAAUGUUCUGUUUACUCAAUCCAUAAGCCAAUAAGCAGAUAUAUUCAGAAAGACAGACCAUACCAAUCACCAAAUCCCUAAUUUUCUAAAAGUUGCUUAAAGGAAGACUCUAUAUAAAGUCUUUCUCUUAAAGGGAUAAAUCAUAAAAAGUGGCACAACUCAAAGUCACUAUUUAAUCCGGUGGGGUACAAAGUUUUAAGUUUGAAAAUCCACCUCAUUGUGCUAGAAACUUAUUAAAAUCCCCCCCCCACCCUCCAAUCUAUUUUUAUUUUUCCCUAAAAAGAUUAGUAGUUUGGGAUCUCCUUGAUGUUCUUUAAGGAAAUGUGAGGACGCUCUUUAAAGCCUUUUCUGAUAUUCCGUAUAUGCUCUUCCACUAUUAUAUGUACUUGUUUGACAGACCCAUCUGUAUGGACUAAGAUUGCUGGAUUCGUCUGUUUGCUUGUUUCACGAACUCACCCAUUCUUAUGCCUGGAUCUAAGGGAAUUGACUUUUCUACCAAACGAAACUGCCGAACGGACGGCCACCCAGAAGAGAAGUGUGCUGCUGGUUAACCUAUUGAUCCCAAUUAGAACGUUGCGGUAAACCACAGACACUUCUCAAUUAAAACCGAAUACAGGGUGGUCAUCGUUCGUAUGUCAACCACGAGGCGGCGGCCAUUUUAAACCAUGCGGAAGACCAGCGGUGUUCGGUACUAAAUUCAUGGAACUGAAAACGGACACUUUUUCAACCGAACACCGCUGAAGCCGUCGACCUCCGUUCUCAAUCGACAGAAGUGUGCGAAGACUGGCCGUUUGGGAGAUUUAAAGGCACGAAUGGACUUACCCCAGAUAGCCUUCCCAUGGAGUCAAUCGCAUACCGAAGAACUGUAAUAGACUUUGACUCCAUGGCGAUUGAACUAUGCGUGUGGGAUCUGAGCGCUAUUCGCUAAUAAAAUGCACUCAGAUCCAGGCUAUCUGGGGAUGUGUUACACGAAUGAGAAAUGUUCAGCAGUUAUAAAGUUAUGUAUUUUUAUGUGUUUUAUGAUUUGCAUUUAAAAUGGCGAUUUGCCUCUGCUCUGGGAGAUAAUUGAAUUACUUCUCAAUUAUCUCCCGGGCAGAGGGGAGGAAACUGUGAUGUAUGCUGGGAAUAUUGUGUGACUGUAUGUCCUGAGAUACCAUAUGUCCAUCUGCUAUUCCAGUCUCCCAUUUGGUCCACUAGGGGAGUGUCCACCAAGUGGGAGACCUGCAUAAAUACGGGCGGGUAGCCCACAGUAAACUCAGUUCGUGUUUUACCCUCAAUGCGGAGCUUGGUCUCGUUAUUGGGGGGAUUUUUAUUACCGGCGACUAGAGACUGCUAUAUGGAAUUAUUAGCCGCUUGGGAGAUACCGGUGUUCGGCUGAUAUUGACGGUUCGUGAGCUUGAAGCUCGUGGAGGGAAGUGACCGUACGGAUACCGUUCGGGAGUUUGGAGUGUUCCCUUACUUGCGGUUCGCAUGAUUGUAUUGGAUACGCAUACAGCCUCCAUUAUUGCGAACGGGGAGCAUUCACUAAACGGCGGUUUGUACAUUUCAUGCUGAAGGUACCGUAACACUUGUCUAGUUGUCUUGCCCACAUACUGAAGAUUACAGGGGCAUGUUAAUAAGUAAAUACAAUUUUUUUGUAUGGCAAGUGAUCAGGUGUUUUAUUUUAUACUCUUUUCCUGUAUUACCACCUAUAAAAUUCUUUUUUGUUUCUUUAGGAGUUCCUGUACUCCUGCAUGCCAGACAAUAGCCACAUUUAAAGAAGCCCUCAUCAUUAUUUAAGAAAUGAUUCCCUCUUUUCCCACUUACUGUAUUAAAGCUGCUUUUCACUUAAUUUGAUUUAAUACUUGGAACACCUCUAUAGAUAAUAUGUGGUUUUGUUCCAAUGACACCUAGCAGUUGGGGAUCUUCAGAUAGGAUGAACCAAUACUUGUGUAUAAUCUUUCUUUUGUGGGAUCUCCUUUUAACUUCUUGUAAGUGGUUCCAUCUUGUAGCUGUCUAAGGGAUUUCUCUACAUAAUACUCCUUGUCCAUAACCACAAUGCCCUCCCCCCCACCCCCCCUUGUCAGCCGGCUUGAUAAUAAUCUCCUCAUCCUCUUUUAGUUCUUUAAGAGCUUUACUUUCAUCCCUUUUUAAAUUCAUCUUAUAUUUAUUAACCCUUUCAAUCUUUUCAACUUCUCUCAUUACUAGCUCCUUAAAUACUAACCCUUACCUAUAAAGCUCUAACCAACUCUAGUCCUUCUUAUAUUUCUUCCCUUAUUCAUAGAUAUGCCCCUUUUCGAUCUAUCCGCUCUACUAGUGACCUUCUCCUGUCCGCUGCUCUCACCCUUACUGUUAACUCGCGCUUGCAGGACUUCUCGUGGGUGGCUCGCUUCUUUUGGAACAGCCUGCCUACCCACAUCGGACUCUCCCCUUGUCUUCAAUUAUUUAAGAAGUCCCUCAAGUCCCUCAGUCCCUGUUCAGAAAUGCUCAUGGACUCCCAGAGUAACUAUCUAUACUUAUCCAAAUCUGUCUCUCGCUCUCCUAAAAGAGCCACACUACACUCUCACCUCCAGGUCUGCUACUUUUCCACCUUGUUUGGUGGCUGUCACCCUAGAUGCCCUGUUGUAUAUUUGUAACCCACCUCCUCUAGACUGUAAGCUUGUUUGAGCAGGGUCCUCAUCUACCUAUUGUUCCUGUGUCACUGUGUAAUUGGUUCAUGUAUUGUAAAUUUCCCCCUUUCAUAACAUUGUAAAGCUCUGUGAAAUUAGUUGGCGCUAUAUAAAUACCAAUAAUAAUAAUAAUAAAACGUAGAAACAUCUUGAGUGUCCCUGAUCUAAGAUCUACCAGCCUGAAUGAUUUCUUCCCUAAAAUUUUCAUGUGGGGGAGCUACCGCCCUACUUAUGAAAUACCUAAUAGAUCCAGGGAUGUAUUUGCCGCGAGGCAAACAAGGAAUUUGCCUUGGGCGGCCCUUUCCAGGGGGCUGCUGUUAUGGAUUUCUUACACUCCAGCUGAGUAAAUCCGUGCAGCGUCUCCAGAAAUCCGAGUAAAUACAAAGGUGUUAUGAAAUAUAGCUCCCAAUCCCCCCAAGCAUGAACCAAGACUUCAUGAAGGGGUAAAAUGAUCUGUUUAUUGAUGGCGACAGCUCGGCCUUUUAUGCAGGUCUUCCAACAAGAGUUACUCCCACAGGGAUCUUGUGGAAGACUGUGACAAAAAAUACAGAGACCAAUCAUGUUACAGCAAAAUAUAACACACUCCCACAUGAACAGGAAAAUCCCUCCUCUCUAGCUUGGAGAUAAUUAGGUUAAAGGAAGUGGUCUGAGUGCCAGGUCCCUCUAGGAUUAACCCCUUUUAUUUUUAUAAACAUAGCAGUUUCAGAGAAACUGCUAAGUUUAUAAAUGGGUUAAUCCAGCCUCCAGAUCCUCUAGUGGCUGUCUCAUUGACAGCCGCUAGAGGUGCUUGCGUGACGCCAGCGUCCAUAGGAAAGCAUUGUAAAUGCUUUCCUAUGAGACCGGCUGAAUGCGCGCACAGCUCCUCAGGGCACUAUAGUGCCAGGAAAACAAGUAUGUUUUCCUGGCACUAUAGUGGUCCUUUAAGUGUCCUGAGCAAACUUAAUUAUCUCCAGGUAGAGAGAAUAUUUCUAUUUUACAACCGUAACAAAAAUGCAUUAAAAUGUAUAACUUCCCCCCCCCCCGAACGUGUUUGUUCAUACGAACGGCGACCACCCAGUCGUUCGACAAAUAGCUGUGGUUAACAGCAGCUCUGGGCGGUUAAUGAGCUGCACACUCCCAGUGUGGGUGGCCUGGCUGUUCGGUAGUUUUUUGGUUUUUUUUAGGUAAAGCACAAAAUAGGGCUAACUACAUGAACAGCAGGCGAAAUACAAAAGGUUGAGUAUCCAUAAAAAAUGCCACCCCCAAAUGCCCAGGCAAAUACCUUGUUAGCCAGGCGGCGGUGUAACUGCACCCCUUGGCAUAAAAGGGUUAAACCGCCAUUUAGUAGAUCUUCCCUUCCAGAGACACAGGCACAGCUACUGCAGAACACCAAUCCGCCGAACAGGAAACCAUGUGAAUGCCGUAAACAGCCGAAUAGGAAAAACCAUGCUUACAGGUUUACACUCCUAGCAGUCGAACUGGAACAGCAUACAAUAAAUGCCCCCAAGAACGAGACAAAGCUCCGUGUUGAGGGUCAAGCAGUGAACAGCCAGAGCUGUGGGUUUAUUGUGCUUAUGUACACAUUCUUACACAUUAGUACCACCCACAGGGUUUUGUAACACAACCAAUAAACACAUACAAUACACUCAGACACUCCCACACAAAAUCCUCCCCUCUGCCUGUGAUACAAUUACCUUACACAAUGGGUAAUGUAAUUAUAACAAGCAGAGAAAUACAAUUUUUCCACAUUAUUCAUAACUUGAAAAGUAUGCAUCACAUUCACAUUUUCAGAAUCAGCAUACUCCAAAUACAAACAUAUGUCAAAUUCAUACAAAUUGGCCCAAUGGUUCAAAAGAUAAAUCGUAGUCCUUUGUGACCAAAGGAAGCAUGGCUUUUCUGCCCAAAACCAGUUCUACAGAGUCUUCUAUCCUGGAGAUAAUUGGGAAGUAAUCCAAUUAUCUCCAAAGACAGAAGCAAAACUCCAUUGAACACAUGGCAGCAAAAGACAAUAAAACACAUAAAAACAUAUAACUGUGUAGCCAUUGCACAAAACAGGUACAUUUAACAUAUCCCCAGAUAGCUCAGAUCUGAGCGCACAUUAUUACUGAAUGGCGCUCAGAGCACACACAUACAGUUCAAUUGCCAUGGAGCACAAGUCUUUCCCAUAGUCUUUCAUUAUAUGAAUGGGCUCCAUGGCAUAACUAUCUGGGGUAUCACCGCUCAAACAGGGCACGCAUGAAUAAGCCUUUCUGCAGGGGAAAAUACAAGUUUUAUCAUGGGGCCAUAGUCCAGAGGCAACAGGCGAGCAACCAGGCUUCUCCAAUGCAAUGUGGCGAGAUUGCUCUCGUUACAGUAGUCCUUUGUGACCAAAGGAAGCAUGGCUUUUCUGCCCAAAACCAGUUCCACAGAGUCUUCUAUCCUGGAGAUAAUUGGGAAGUAAUCCAAUUGUCUCCAAAGACAGAAGCAAAACUCCAUUGAACACAUGGCAGCAAAAGACAAUAAAACACAUAAAAACAUAUAACUGUGCAGCCAUUGCACAAAACAGGUACAUUCAACAUAUCCCCAGAUAGCUCAGAUCUGAGCGCACAUUAUUACUGAAUGGCGUUCAGAUCGCACACAGUUCAAUUGCCAUGGAGCCAAAGUCUUUCCCAAAGUCUUUCAUUAUACGAAUGGGCUCCAUGGCAUAGCUAUCUGGGGUAUCACCGCUCAAACAGGGCAAGCACCAAAUGACCCGGCUUUCAUGUCUUUGCAGGGAAAGAUCAAGCCUUUUAACACAGCUCAAACAGGGCAUGCAUGAAUAAGGCUUUCUGCAGGGGAAAAUACAAGUUUUAACAUGGGGCCAUAAUCCAAAGGCAACAAGCGAGCAACCAGGCUUCCCCAAUGCAAUGUGGCGAGAUUGGGCUAACUAAAAAUCCCGGAGGCUGGGCGGCACUGGCGAGGGAGCACUGAUUUGUGAGCUGCUCAGCUCCCUCGCGCGUCACAGAGUGAUGCCGGGAGUCGGAAUAUGAUGCGUGUGAGGGAGCUGAGCAGAGACAGCUCACUAAUCAGUGCUCCCUCACCAGUUCCGCCAGCCUAGAUUUUUAGUUAACCGCACAACCGCCUGCCUCCCUUCCUGUCAGAAGCCCCAUUGGACCCCACGUAAAAUAAAAUCCACCCAGCACUCCCAAAGGUAGGGAGGCUGGGUGGAUUUAAACUAAAAUAGAAAAAGUAAUUGGUUAAUGGGGGGGAGGCUGUCAGUGUGUGUGUAUAUCAGUGUUUGUCUGGCUGUCAGUGUGUGUAUGUCUGUCAGUGUGUGUCUGAGUGAUUGGGUGUGUCUGGCUGUCAGUGUGUGUAUGUCAGUGUGUGCCUGAGUGAUUGUGUGUGUCUGGCUGUCAGUGUUAGUAUAUCAGUGUUUGUCUGGCUGUCAGUGUGUGUAUGUCUGUCAGUGUGUGUCUGUGUGAUUGUGUGUGUCUGGCUGUCAGUGUGUGUCUGUGUGAUUGUGUGUGUCUGGCUGUCAGUGUGUGUAUGUCUGUCAAUGUGUGUCUGAGUGAUUGGGUGUGUCUGGCUGUCAGUGUGUGCAUGUCUGUCAGUGUGUAUGUCUGGCUGCCAGUGUGUAUGUCUGUCAGUGUGUAUCCGAGUGAUGGUGUGUGUCUGGCUGUCAGUGUGUGUAUAUCAGUGUGUAUCUGGAUGUCAGUGUGUGUAUGUCAUUGUGUAUGUCUGGCUGUCAGUGUGUGUAUGUCUGUCAGUGUGUAUGUGAGUGAUUGUGUGUGUAUGUCUGUCAGUGUCUAUCUGAGUAAUUGUGUGUGUGUAUGUCUGUCAGUGUGUCUGUCACUGUGUGGCUGUCUGUCAGUGAUUGAGAGUUUGUGUGUGUGUCUGUCAGUGAAUGUGUUUAUUUCUGAGUGAUUGUGUCUGUGAGGGCGCCUGUGUAUCUGAGUGUUUGUGUGUGUGUCUGUGAGUGUCAGUCAGUGAAUGUGUGUGUGUGUCUGAGUGAUUGUGUAUGCCUGUCAGUGUGUGUGUCUGCUUCAUUGUGUGUGUAUGUCAGUGAUUGUGUGUAUGUCAGUGAGUCAGUGAUUGUUUGUGUAAAAUCAGUGUGUGUGUGUCAGUGUAUCUGAGAGUGUCUGUCAGUCAAAGUGUGUGUUAGUUAACAGGAAGAGGUGUGGCAUUGACAGGAAGGGGUGGGGCAUAUGUAAAUUAGGGGGUGCCCAAGUUCCGUCAUGCCUAGGGCAGCACAGAUACUAAAUACAUCACUGAAUAGAUCAGUAAUUAUGUGAAAUGGCUCUGUAUUUAUGUGAGAUCUAAUAUAGAAGCACAUUGACCUUGCCCAAUAUAAGAAAGAACAACUAACAACCUGAAUAAUUUUUUUCCCUAAAACAAGUGUGUGUGUGAUUUCACAUUUUAUGGUCAAGAUCUUCUUUUCUUUUUGGUACAUAAUGGUUAGUUAAAAGGGAUUAACGCCUCACCCUCUCCCCCAGUAGUGUUUCGAGCCUGACACACUCUCCCUGACUUUAUUUGGUCUUUGUCAAAGCUUUUUAAAGUGAUUUCAGAUUUUUGGAUAAACUUUUAAAAUGAUUUAGUAUUUUGAAAAAUAUUUUACUAUUUUUAAUAUAUUGAUAUAUUUUUAAUAUAUUGAUAUAUUUUUAAUAUUUGAUAUAUUUUUAAUAUUUGAUAUAUUUUGCUAUUUUAAUAUGUUGACAAAAAUGUUUAUAACAAAGUUGAUCUAAACUUAUUUAAUCACAUGAAAAAUGUAUCCAAAAAUAUUAAAUCGAGGCUUUAAUGCUCUGUUUACUACUGAGAAUAGAAUAAACACACAUUGGGCACCACUUAGACUGAGUUCACCCACAAGACUCAAACGUUUAAUGAAUAGCAAGGUUCUAACAGAAAUGUCAAUACCCCUUUUCCUUAAUCAGUGUAGGAUGGCUUUACCCAACAUAACACUCAUUGUGAAUACAUAUAUAUAUACAUAAGCAAGUCCUCCACUCACCAAAACCUCCAAACACCAUCUAAAGGAUUGUCAUUGCCAAUUCCGAGAUCUCGCAAGAGCUGCUGAUGUCACACAGAAUAAAUGCAAAGAGAUCAAUGCAGCUAGUUUUUAUCGGGUUAUUUUUUGGCGGUUUUGUUAGGUGGAGGACUUGUUUCUGUCUCUGUCUGACAUAAGAACCCAGCAGUUAUAUUCAUAAGUGAUGCAAUAGUGUGAUGCAGUUAACACACUCUCUCUUUUUUUAAUUAUUUUUUUCUACUGGUAUUGAAAUGGGGAAAUGUUUUAUUUUUUCAUUUCCACAUCCCAGACCCAUAAUAGUGUUAUGGAAAGGGAACAGAGAAUGCUAAAUGAGUAGAACAUUCCAUUCUAUAGAGUGCGGCUAAUGCUAAAUGAGUAGAACAUUCCAUUCUAUAGAGUGCGGCUAAUGCUAAAUGAGUAGGACAUUCUAUUGUGUAGAGCUUGGCAAACACUAAUUGAGGUGGGUCUCCCAUUCUAUAGAGCAUCACUAAUACUAACUGAGCAGAACAUUCCAUUCUGCAAAGCCCAUUCUAUUAAUUAAACAUCAUACAGUUAGCCCAGUUAGCAUGAAAUGAGUAGGUCAUUCCAGUCUAGAGCACCCCGCUAACGUGAAAUGAGUAGGACAUUCCAUUAUCUGAAUUUUGACUAAUGCUAAAUGAGCAACAUAUUCAAUGCCAGAGUAAGGUCUCCAAGACCCAAUAGACAUGACAACAGAGACGGUUAAGAACUAUUUUUUAAACAGGUUCUACACUAUUCCCCCUGAUUGUAAGGUAUUAAACACACAAGACCAGUGAAAAGAACAGACGAUAACCACACUUCAGUGAUACAGUCUCACAGCACAGUACCAUAUCCAUCAUAAUGACAGUGAAACUGUAUUUUGCAGGUGCAGGGCAUGCAAGGCUUAUAUGAUGACACAGCUCUGAAUGGAAUUCGCCUGCACUGUGUGAGAUGCCAGUUUCCGCACAAUGAGAUGACAAUCAAUUCUACCGUUGCAGAGUGAGUACCUCUGUGUCUCUCCUGUGUAUUACUGGCUCUGUCAUGGAGGAAAGAGAUAUAGUGCAGGGAGUGUUUUGCUUCCUGGGCUGAUUUGACCUAAAGAAUUGAAGAUUAUGCUAGCUUUAGUGUAUUAAUAAUCUUAAUUUUAAUAAUGACAAGAGGCAAAUAUUUUGCAUUAACUUUCUUUACUGAACUCCACAGCAUCAAAGAAACUGAGAACAAACUGAGCAAUCAUUAACAGGUAAAGGUAAUAAGAGGAGUGUGUAACUGUAGUACUUCCAUUUCAAACUGCGACAUCACAAGUCCAAGUUAAACCAGAAAAACCCGGAGUGCCAGAGUCCCGUACAUCCAGAGGAACAAACAAUCCAAUGAAGACAGUUGGCGUAUCUCCACCGAAGGAGUACAUCAAGCUGAAAUUAGAGUGUGAAAAAUGUUAGUCAUAAGGCAAUGGAUCAAGUCAAGGCAACAUGCACCAAGAUUUGACUUGCAGUAUACCAAUAUGUUUACUAAAACUAAAUGACAUAAACCCAUGGAAACAUAAACAAAGGUAAUCCCCUCAGUACAAGGCUAGAGCCCUAAUCCAAAACGGAACUAUCUGCAUUUGUAGCGAGAGAAAAUGAAAUAAAUAUAGCGUACAUAAUAUAAGCAUGAACAUGGAUAAGGGAAGGGAAAACAUGGAAACAUAAGGGGGGGAAAUAUUCACCUCCUGUCAUUAUUAAAAUUAAGAUUACUAGUACACUAAAGCUAGCAUAGCCUUCAAUUUUACAACACGACAGAAGGCUUUAUAUUUUGCAAUCUUAAUGCUGUGCAACAAGCGAGAAUGCAGCAUUUGAAGAUGGACAGAAAUAGAAGGUCAGAAAGGUAGACUCACGAUACCGGUCCACUGCCCGUAAAAUAUUGGAAAGGAGGCACCCGACAGGAUAGCAGACAAAGCAGGAACGUAAAGUUGGCCGUGAGUUGACAGAGAGAAAGUCUAUAAUUCGAAGGCCAAGUACAGAGGAAACGAAGCACAAUGUCCUCAUCCCAAAGCCUAGUAUAUUUAGAACCCCGGGGGACGCUGGAGGCGAAUACCCAGGAGUAAAUGGCAAACGAGAGAAUCCUUUCCUAUCGGUGACCCUUGCAAAGGGACAUGAGCCACAGAAAUGCCAAUCUCACCACAUUUAUAGAGUGGUAGGUCUUCCCAUACAAAAACAAUCAGGACAGAAAAUUUGUGAUGGAGGAUACAGGAGCCGUAAAGGGAUCGCAACCUUGUUCCAAACACCAGCUAAACCUGAGUGCCAGGCAGAGAGAUAACACCUUCUCGUUUGAGGGGCCCAGGAAUCCCAUAAGAGGUCCAUAACUGCCUGCUCAUUGACUCACCGGAAACCCCUAAAUGUGUCCAAGUUACCAGGGGGAGGCUUCCAUCCAAGAGCAGCGGGUGGGAUUCCCCCCGUGGGUUCUUGAGAAGGUUCUGUCCUCCGUAAGACAAUGCCAGAAGAUUUGGGAACCAGGGUUGACCCAGCCCCAGAGGCUUCAGGUGUGUCACCCUCUGCACCUGAAUCUGAUGCAAAACUUGUGUUAUCAUCACGAAUGGAUGGUGUAGCACAGCUCCCUGUACCUCGGCUGGGUACCUCCACCAAGGAUUGCUUCCUAGCUGGGACAGGGGAAAACUCUGUUUUAAUGCUGAAAACCAGGCCCGGACUGGCCAUCGGGCACACCGGGCAUUUGCCCGGUGGGUCGCGGUGGCCGUGGGGCCGAAGCCGGCAGGGAGGUCCCAGGAUGUCCCCUGCCGGUCUAUGCAGGGCAAAGCACCGGCCCCGCUGUUUGCCAUGGAGGGCCGGUGGGGAGAUCAAAGCUCUCCCUCACCGGCCCACAUGCGGCCACCGGCGGGGAGAGAGGGAGGGAGCCAGCCAGGCUGGAGAGAGGACCCAGCGGAGCUCUAACUUGCAGCUCCGCCGGGUUCCUCUCGCGAGAUCCGGCGCGUUGCCAUGGCAACGACCGGAUCUCGCGAGAGUGAACUCUAGCCUAACAGGCUAGAGUUCACUCACCCACGAGGACCACCAGAGAACACUGCCACUCCCCCUCCCAGUCCCAGCGUGCCGGUCCCCCCUCCUCCCAGGCUAAAGGUAAGAAGGGGACAUAAUGCCUGUUUUUUUUUUAUUUACCCCCCCACACACACACAAUAACAUUUAUACAGCACUCUCACACCCAUUACACACAGCACUCUCUCACCCAUCACACUCUCACACCCAGCACUCUCAGACUCACAGCACUCUCUCACAGAGCACUCUCUCACACAGCACUCUCACACCCAUCACACACAGCACUUUCACACACACAGCACUCUCUCACAGCACUCUCUCACAGAGCACUCUCACACACACACACAGCACUCUCUCACAGCACUCUCUCACACAGCACUCUCACACCCAUCACACACAGCACUCUCUCACACACAGCACUCUCUCGCAGCACUCUCACACACAGCACUCUCACACCCAUCACACACCACACUCACACACAGCACUCUCUCACACACAGCACUCUCUCGCAGCACACUCACACACGGCACUCUCACACCCAUCACACACACACGGCACUAGCGUUUGGUUUCAUGCAAUUAGUGUUUGGUUCCAUUUACAUGAAGGGAAAGUGCUGAACCAGGUGCACACAGGAAAAGCUACCAAUGGUGGCUGGGCAGGGUAAUUCCUAAACGCAACAAUUCUUCUUCCAUUUCACAAGCCUGUGAAUCACAAAUGAUCCCGCCAGGAGUUGCAGGCAGGUGAUGUGCAUGGACAGUUCCUGGGACAUUCACAUGCCCCCCCGUGGAGCAGCCUCUGUCUGUGGCACUCCAGCCCCACCAACUGUCAUCUGACUCCAAGAAGAAAUCCGAGUGAGUUCUGAAAACACCAACCACCAUUGGAGUUCCUAGUGAAUCUCAUCUGACAUCGGUGCCGGUUAAUCGUAUGUGGGAUUCUGGCAGAGAAAAUGCGCUUUCAGCCAUUGCAUUGCCAGAUAGUGGAGGGAUCCCAGGAAUAUUGCCUGGAUGGAUGAGGAUAGGAGGCCCACAAUCCGGGCCAGUAGGCAUAGCAGUAUGGAUUCUAUUCGGAGUGGGGAGGUGCAGGGUACAGGACCUGGAAUCUAUGUCAAAGCCGAGGAAUUUCACAGUUUGCGCUGGGGUGAGCGUCGAUUUUGCAUGGUUUACCAUGAAACCUAGCGACUCCAGCAAGUCUACGGUGUAGAAUGUGUGGUUUUCCCCAUUAAAGAUGAGGAUAUCAUCCAGGUAGAUGAUGCAUUGGAUUCCCCGUGUCCUGAGGUGGGCGACCACCGGCUUUAGAAGUUUUGUGAAGCACCAUGGAGCAGAGCUCAGUCCAAACGGAAGACAUGUGAAUUGCCAAGCAACCCCAUGCCAAUGGAUUUUGAAGAAGGUGCUCCUCUGAACAUGAAUGGGAACUGAGAGGUAUGCAUUAUUCGGGUCCAGUCGGGUGAACCAGUCGCCUUCCCAAAAGAGAUCUCUAAGUAAGUGGAUUCCUUCUAUUUUGAAAUGUCGGUAAAUUAUGUGCAAAUUGAGGACCUUCAAGUUGAUAACCGGGCAAAGUCUAUGGACCAGGAAGAUAUUGCUGAAGAACCUGCCUGUUCUGGGCGCAGGUUGAAUGGCACCUUUGGACCUGAGCUCCCUGUAUUCCAGGUCUAUGAGGUGUGCAUCUGCCGAAGAGAACCGGCAUGUCCACGAAUCCGAUCUGAAAACUGUGCACGGUUUUCAAGACCUAAGCUUCUAGAGUUAGGUUUUUCCAAUUCUGGAAAAAAAGGUGAGACACGACCAGCAGUCUUUGUGACAGAAAUAACCUAAGUUAAAAGAGGAGGACUUACCAGCAUUGAAUCUGGAUCGGGCACAAUUUCCGGGUAGAAGGAAUGUGGUUGUGUGUGGUGCAGGCCCGAUGGUCAGAAGCGGCUGGUGGCAUAGCCCCGCUGCCGACCAGCUCUAUCAAAAACACCCCUCGAGGUGUUUCCCCAAAACAUUUUCCUCAUGGAGGAUUGAGCUUUGUUAAGUGAGGUGAGCAAUUUAACGUGUUUGUUACGUUCCUUUAGGAACGUCUCUCCAAACAGUUUGCUCUAUGCCUGGGGACCAAGUUCUUUGGAUCCCAAAUCCACCAGUUUACCAUCUAUGUGAAAAAGUGCAGCCCGGCACUUCUCCAAAGAGAGGGCCAUGUUGGUGUUUCCUAGCUCUACUCUCCUACGAGGGUCACUGCCCCCUCGGGCCAUGAACGCCAGCAUGAGUUGGUCAAACUCCGGAGUGCAAGCCACUUUGUCUGGCAGUAUGGGGCAUGGGCAUUCUGACUGCAGACAUUUCUGAACAUCCUUAUCUAAGGACUUCCUGAGCCAGAAGUGCAUGAAGGUCCCCAGAUGGUCAGGAGGCAUCCAGUCACCAGAACUGGGAUGACGGAUAUUUCUAAGGUCGAACAUAUGUCCACCUGCGGCAUCCAGGAACACUUCUGGAUUAGUUUGAGUGGUGAAGUCCCCAACUGCCACAUUGUCCAAUGUACCCUUGGGCUCACCUGGGUAGGCCACCUUAGAGAAGGAGUGAUCCGACUGAGAGGCGUAGCUCCAAGCCCCUUCGUUCGAUUCAUCUGCCUGCCAGUUGUCUAACACAGAAAGAGAGUAGGGGUUGUCAAGGUCCUCAUCCAAGGAGUGUUGCUGCACAGGUCUAGAUACCAUUCACGCCAGGGCAUGACUGCACUAGGCAGACACAUUACCCUUUGCCUUCUUCCGCUUGGCUCAGUCGCCCUUCCAGUGGCGGUUCCGCUGGUGGGAUCAGUCUAUAGAGGAGUCCUCCAAAUCAGACACAUAGUGGGACAGCUAAGGUGGGAGUAUAGAUGGGUCCAGGCCAGUGGGAAAGACCUGGGAUAGCGCUUCCUCUAUGGAAGCAGCUACAGCUGCGGAAAUCAUUGCCUGGAGGUCCAUAGGGUUCUGGGACUAGUCCAUUGCAACAAUUAGCAAUAUUUUGGGGCUCACCCAACUUACAUUGUGGUUAAGUGUAAGGAAACUCAGUCCAGCAGACCAUAUGGCCACAAUUGAAAUAGGGCAGGAGAGAUCUAGGGACCAGGUAGGAGGUAUGACAACACGUGUGAGAACAGCCUGUGACAAAUUCUCUAGAGCCCAGGGAAUGGGCCAGUAGUCACAUGCUAUAACAGGGAGUAUGUAAUUCAACUGGGGCUCACCUGGGAAAAUAAAAGCCUGCGAGAACAGCACAUGGAAUUUGGGCUCACCCUAAGCCAGUAUAUGGGACAGGCCCUAGCUGGCUACAAACCUCCCAGUGUGCAGUGCACCAACCUGAGCCUGGUCCCAGUGAAUUCCAGCAGUAACAAGAGUAACCAGAUGAAAUCCGCUUGCAAAGGGAGAACUGUGACAUACAGCAGCCGUCUCCAGAGCCAGCAAAUGGCCGUCGAGAUCUUGCAAUGCUUGCGAGCCAGGAUGGACGUCACCAGAGGUCACACGUGAUUUGUGUGGGAAGAAACCAGACACCCGCAUUUGGCACGCAAAUGUAUGUUCUUUGCGUGAAUGGACGGAUAUAUGGAAAGUGCUGAACGUUCGGCAGUCAGGGUUAGUCAAUUUGGAGCAUUUGUGUGUUCAGCUCACAAACAAUUAACAAAAACCCAUGAAUGGAAACUGUUCGGAAAAAGACAUAGCAUAGUGUGCAUGCGUCCAAAGGCUGCGCCAAGCUCUGAGAAUGCCCACGCGGCAGGGAGGGGGGUGGGGGGGAAAUGCAGUGGACAGCGGGUUAUGGAGUCCCUAGAGCCAACAUAUACAGGAAAAACUGUGCAGGGGGAUCCAAGCGGAACAGGAGUAUUCCCCACUGGCCAAAAGCCCCAGUAAGUGUCUGAGGUGCCAGAGGGGAAACUGCCUGCCAGAAAUGUCAAAUAGCAGAAGGUAAUAGAGAUACCCAGAAGGACAGUAAACAUAUACAAAGAGAAAAGUAAAUGAUAGACAUGCGCGAUUCAUUUAGUUCUGCAUGUACAUUUGUACGAAUUUCAUGCCAUUCUAACAUUUGGAUGCUUACGAAUGUCUGAAGUGGCGAAUUUCCAAAGUGACAAAGUUUGGUAGUUCGGAAGUGCCGACAUACAGAAACUCUGAAGGGCCGAAGCUCCGAAGUGGCGAAGUGAUUCAGAUUUCUGAAAAGUGGCAAAACAAGAGAGAGGGAGGGAAAAUUACGUGAAGGAUGACAUGAAUAUUGACCAAUAAGCUAAUUCCUUUUGUGCAAUGACGUUAUACGCUGUAUUCGUCACAUUGCGGCUGCCAGUGGACCCUGAAGGACGUUGCUCGCCACCUGGCAUUGGAUGUUUGUCCCAUGCAGUCUCACGCAGUCUCUACUGCGCAUGACUGCAUUGUACAAACAUCCUUAGCCAAUUAUUAUAUAGGAUAUACAAAGUAGAUAUAUGCAAUUCGUCUCAUUCCGAAUGAACAUUCGUACAAAUUUCGUGAUGAAGUUCAGAAGCGCCAAAGUUCUGAAGUGACGACGUUCGGCAAUUCCAAAGUGCCAAACUGAACUGAAUGCCAUCGAUUCAAAUGGCCAAAGCAGAGAAUUUUUUUUACUUACCCAAAUUUCCGAACCAAACCAAAUUUUUUGCCCAUGCACUUACCUAGUGAAUUAAGAUAAUAUCAGGUGGAAAAUACCCAAGGAAACAAGCCACAGUAUAAAAGAUAUUAAGGAGUAAACCAAAUUAUGAGCAAAGAAAGAGUAAGUACUACAGUUACACAUGCCUCUUAUUACCUUUGCUUGUUAAUGAUUGCUCAGUUUUUUCUCUAUGUUUGUUUUCUGCUUUGGAGUUCAGUAAAGAAAGUUCAUGCAAAAUAUGAAGCCUUCCGUGAUGUUGUAAAAUUUGGAAUUUAGGCUAUUAAUAGCAGCAGUUGUUUUCAAUUUUGCAGUUCCACAUAUAAGCACCAGGGAGAAACUGUGCGUAUAUGAGAGGGAAUUAAAUCUGAUUAUAAGGUUGGCUUUAAAUUAUACCAGUUAUUAUGUAAUAAUUUAUUGCCAUCUUCCACAUGUAGAUUCUUUCAUCAGACAGCCACACAGUGAAGUGUGAUUUAUUACUCCAUAGAACACAUUUCCACUGCUCAGUAAUCCAGUGGCGCUGUGCCUUUUAUCACUCCUGUCAACACCUGCCAUAGCGCAUAUUGAUGUGAUGCUUGUGUAUAGAUGCUCUGCCUUGGAAACCCAUUGAUAUGUAUAGAGAGAGGUGUCUUAUGAAAAAAACCUUGAAAAAGACCCGCAGGGGUCGAGAUGUCCAUUGCAUUACAGAUGUAACCAAAGUUUUUUUGUUUCAUUAAACCAUGAUUUUUUUCAUAAGACCUGUGAGUGCACCCCUAAUAUUAUUUGGAUAUAUGCUUAACGCGGGUAGCACCUAGGCAAUUAUUACCCGAACACAGGCAGCGGUACUUAGUUGUCGAGUGUCUGGAACUCUAAGACGUAUACCCUAACUGGCGAACCUCUGUGAAGCCUCCUUCUGCUCCCAACAAGCCAGGAGAGUGCUUUUCGGUGGAGAGGUACGCACGAACAAGAUGAAAAAUCACUACCUAAUGAGCCAGGAGAACUGUUCGGUAUUUUGUUAAUUUGGAAAUCCCGAAUGUGACUGACCACUACAACUUUUCUUCUGGAAUUAAUUUGGGCAGCUGCCACUUGUGCGGUCGGUCAAAACUUUACCCCGGUGGCGAUUCGGCUGUAUUUGUGGGAUCUGAGUGCCAAAAGUGUCCAAAUAGCACUCAGAUCCCACAAAUACAGCCUAUCCAAGGAUAUAGGGCUCGUGGGGAUUCCUAUUAAAAUCAUGUAUGUUUUGGGGUGUUUUAUGGUUUAUUCACUGUACCGCUAGCCUGAGUGAUAAUUCAUUUAAGUAAAGUAAACUCACUUAUCUCCCAGACACAGAGACGCCUGGGCGUGUAUUCCAUAUGUUUUUGCUGUAGACCCCCUGCUGGGGGUCUGUGCAUAAAAGUGGGCCAUCUGGCUAUUAUAAAACAUUACUGCUGUACCCUUCAUCAAGUCUCGACUGAUAUUUGGGUAUGCGAACGACGAAGAGCUAUAUUUCACAGGACUUUGCUGGAUUUCCAGAGAGUACGAACGAACAUACUAUACGAAAGGGCUAUAAUUCACACAACCUUACAGGAGUUCAAGAGAGUGCUAAUGAAGUACCAUACGAAGUUCAUUAGAAUUGGUGGUAAGUGGCGGGAUCUGACUCCCGAAUGGACUUCCCCAACAAGGAACAGCCGUGAAUGGCCCAGCAGUACCAAAGCCUCAAGCGAAUAACGCUGAAAGACCUAAUGGAAGCUCGGGGUAGUUCAGCAAGUAAUAAAAAGAAAUUAGCGAUCAUAGCCAAACUGAUGGAGGGUGACCAAGACAGUAAUGCAGUAACAGUAAGAAGGGAAGAGACAGAGUUACAUACCCAGCUGACCACUUAGAACGUUGCGGAUAGCAAGAUCAAUAAGGGCAAUAAGCUUCACAUGACAGUUCUGGGUGGUCAGUCCGUUCGACAGUUCAUUCGGUAUACGAACAGCAUUAGUCUAAUCUGUUCGGUAGGCCCUAUAUACUGAAGUUUAACACAGGGGCCAUAGUCCUGAGGCAAGAGGCUGGCAAGCAGGCCCCUCCAAGAACACUUUCGCCACAGUUGAGAAUUUUUUCGGAUGCACCGUGCAGCCAAGAACUGGAUGCAGGAAUGCCAGGCAACCACCCUAGAUGACGCUUUACAACUGUUGCUCUUGGAACAGUUCUUUGAUCACGUAACCCCAGAAGUCCGUUAUUGGAUCCAGAAUUAGAAACUGCUCACCUUGGAAGAGGCGGCGCAGCUGGCCAAUGAGUAUCAGGAUGGCAGGAGGGCCGAAAACAGCGGAGGUCGCCCUCCGUUCCGACCCACUUAUCAGGCAGACCCAGUGCAAGCAGCUAGAGAUACCGGAGGCCAUCACCGGCAAAUUGUUAAAAUAAAUAGACAUGAGGCCAAAGAACUCUGAGACACAGGGGCCACCCUGACCCUGAUACAGCUACACAGUGAGAGUUGGGGGGAGGGGCAAUCCUUAAAAUACCCACUUCCCAUGCACACCUAGACUGGGAAUCGGGGGCCAAAUAUCUGGAUGUUGGGAUUAUGAAAGAUUUGCCAGCUGAAGUGUACCUGGGAAAGGACUUGAGCUACUUAACAUCACAGUUUGUACCAUCAGAUGUAGAGGAUGCUUUACCUGUAACCACCCGAUCGCAGAACUGGAUAUUGGACCCAAUGCACUGAAGGUACCCUCAGGUAGGACCCUAUGUCCUGAUCCUAGAAGAGAACCCCCGUUCUACUGCCUACCCCAUUCCCCAGAUAGACGAGCUGCUUGAUCUUAUAGCCGGGGGGAAUUACUUGACUACCAUGGAUUUGUGUAAGGGUUAUUGGCAAACCCCACUCGAGCCAGAGGCCAUUCCUAAGUCGGCAUUCGUCACUACAUUAGAGAGGUAUAGGAAACAGGCAGAGUCCCCUCCAGGGAGAUAUAGAGCAGGAAAGGUUUGAGUGGGAAAAUGGGCUAUUAAACCGGGUUACAGAGGGAGAACAGGUAGCGGAGCAGCGCAAGUAGCUAAAAGACAGCUAGUGGUUCCCGCAAAUACUGGGUGGAGCUGCUCAAGCUUAGCCACAUCUGGGUAUCCGGUUGACUCAGACAUUGUUUUGGUCAAGAAUCACACAAGAUCUGCAGAAUUACUGCAGGACCUGUGUUGUCUGCCAGAGGAUAGGGAAAAGGGGUGACCAUCCAAAGGCCAAUUUGCACCCUUUGCCCAUAAUUGAAGAACCCUUCUACCAAGUAGCAGUGGUCUUGAUAGGCCCACUCAGUAAGCCCAGCACCUUGGACAAAAAGUACAUCCUUACCGUGGUAGACUAUGCUACCCGGUACCCAGAGGCGAUAACCCUCCGAAGAUAGAUGCCGAAACAGUAGCCAAACCAUUAGUUAAAAUCUUCACCCGAGUAGGUUUUCCUCUGGUCAUUUUGUAUGAUCAGGGAACCCAAUUUACGGCGACCAUUACCCAGCAACUAUGGCAGAGUUGCGGAGUCAAACCCAUUUUUUGUUUCCCGUAUCACCCCCAGACGAAUGUAAUCUGUGAACGUUUGUAAUCUGUGAUGCUCAAAACAUUCACAGCCUUCUGUCAGCACUGGGAAAGGUUCUUCCCCAUCUCCUGUUUGCCUACCGAGAAGUACCCCAAGAGUCCACAGGGUUCUCGCUCUUUGAACUCCUAUAUGGGAGAAAAGUACAGAAUAGGAUCCUAGAAAUAGGCCAGAAGGUAUUGGCUCUGAAGCCGAAAAGGGAUGAGCUUCAGGCCGCCCGUCAGAGACCCUUCCGAGUUGUGGAGCAACAUUACCUACAUCUUAGGGAAAUGUUCAGAUGAAAGGAUAUGACCAUCCUUUCAUAUGGACAUGUUGAAACCCUGUUUUGAGAGGACAGCGAGAACCUUCCACUACCCAACCUGCUUGCCCGUCCCCAGGGAUCAUGGAACAGGUUAGCCUGGGAGAAAAACUGAGCCCAAUAGAAAAGGCAGAAGCCUUCCAAGUGCUCCAGGGGCACAGCAAGAUGUUCUUUGCCCUACCCGGGUACACCUCCAUGGCAGUCCACCGAGUAGAGAUCCAGGGAGAAACCCCACUACAGCAGUUAGGGAGAAUAUGUUGAAAGAAAUCCCAGACAUGUUAAAGAUGGGGGUAAUCCUUCUCAGAGCCUAUGGGCUUCUCCGAUAGUGCUGGUACCUAAAUCAGAUGGUACGACUCGCUUCUGUAUCGAUAGACAGGACGGUCACUGAUGCCUACCCCAUUCCCCAGAUAGACGAGCUGCUUGAUCGUAUAGCCGGGGGGAAUUACUUGACUACCAUGGAUUUGUGUAAGGGUUAUUGGCAAACCCCACUCGAGCCAGAGGCCAUUCCUAAGUCGGCAUUCGUCACUACGUUCAGCCUCUACCAGUUUAAGGUUAUGCCAUUCGGGAUGAAGAAUGCCCUGGCUAAGUUUCAGCGAAUGGCCGACAGGCUCUUGGAGGGAUUCCAGGACUUUGCAUGUGCUUAUGUAGAUGACAUAGCUAUCUACAGCCGCACAUGCAAAGACCACCUCUCAACAGAGGUACUUGAGAGGAUUCAAGCAGCGGGGCUAAUGUUGAAGCCCGACAAGUGCCAUGUCGGUAUGGCCAAGGUACAGUAUCUCUGCCAUAGAGUGGGCUCUGGCCACCAAUGGCCCAAAUCAGCCAAAGUCGAGGCUAUUGCAAACUGACCACAACACCGUACCAAGAGCCAGGUAAUAGCUUUUCUAGGGACAGACGGCUACUACCGCAAGUUUGUCCCUAAGUAUAGCGGUCUGGCCAAUCCCCUCACUGACCUUACAAAGAAGUCCUUUCCCAGACAAGUAGUGUGGUCCCUGGAGUGUGAGGUCACCUUCCAACAGUUAAAAUCAGCGUUAAGUGAAGCACCUGUGUUGGCCGCCCCAAACCAUACUAAAAAGUUUCUCGUCCACACAGAUGCCUUCAUGUCUGGGCAGGGAGCAAUGCUUAGCCAGGUGGGGGAUGACAGAAUGGAACAUCCAGUGGCAUAUCUCAGCAGAAAACUUUUACCUUGAGAGGUCAGCUAUGCCACCGUAUAGAAAGAGUGCCUGACCCUUGUUUGGGCAUUAAAGAAACUGCAGCCCUAUAUCUAUGGACUUCCCUUCACACUAAUGACCCAACAACCCCCUCGUCUGGUUAAACCGAGAUUACCCCCGCCUUCUGCGCUGGAGCCUGGCCCUCCAACCGUAUAAUUUUACCAUGCAGUACAGACCAGGCAAACAGAAAGGCAACAGGUUAUCCCAACAAACUGAACUGAAGCCCUAAGUCAGAGCUUAACAAAUUAUUUUGGCUAAAAAAGUUAGGAGCCAGUGUUUUUGUCACUAGAACCACUAAAGAUUAAUGUAAUUGUUCUGCUGCCUAUAGCCUGUCCCUGUAAUCAAUGUAAACACAGCAUUUUCAGUCACUCAGACGGCCACUAGAUAAUCCUGUGUCAGAGCUCUGUAUGGAGGCGCUGAAUGUUACCCAUAGAGAACAUGCGCAAUAUCCUCCCAAUGCUUUCCUAAGGGAAAGCAUUGGCUAAGCUGAGAUCAUAAAGAUUGGUAAUCUCAACUAUGGAGACAGGACAAGCUGCAGUGAAACUGGCACAGCGGUGGUAAAAAGGUGAGUAAAAACACCUCUUAUGGUACCUAAACAAACACACAGAAUAUGACAGGCACACACAAUCACUGAAAGACAUACACACACUCACGAUCCAUACACACACACACUGGCAGAGACUUAGAGACAUACAUGCACAAACUGACAGAGGCACACAUAACUGAUACACUGACAAAUACAUACACACACACACACUCACACACACUCUCACAGAGACAAAAACACACUAACAGACACACACACACACUGACAGACACACACACACACACUGACAGAGGCGUACACAGAGGCGUACACACAUUGACAGAGACAUGCACACACUGACAGACACACAUUUUCUCACACUCUCACACAUUUUAAUCCACCCAGCCUCCCUACCUUUGAAAGAGCUGAGUGGAUCUUUCCCUGGGGUCCAGUGGGGCUGCUCUGUUCCUGCGUGUGAGGGAGCAAUAAUCUAACUGAAACUCCUCUCUGCUCCCUCACACUCUCUGUAGUGAUGCCGGGCCGGAAUAACUUCAUAUUCUGGCUCCCAGCAUCACUAUACAGCGUGAGGGAGCAGAGAGGCGCUGCAGGUAGAUUUUUGCUCCCUCCGUGCAGCCUAAGGUGGGCGGGUGGCCGGCCAGCUACAAUGCUCAAUGAGCCAGCUGCCUCCAUGCAGCCCAGAGCCGGUGGCAGGCUAGCUACAACACUACAUGAGCCGGCCGCCUCCAUCCUCCCCAGGGUGGCCAGCUCCAUGAUCCCUUGGGUGGGUGGCCCAUUGUUUGCCCAGCUGGUAAAGGCCAACCCAUCGGGCGGCCAUCUAAGAUGAAUACCCUAAUUCGUGAACCUCAGUGAUUUUGUAUCACUGCCUGCUUCUGUUCUCGACUAGCCAGGAGAGUGCAGUUGAAAGGUAAGCACAAAUUAGACAAACAAUCACUACUCAUGAGCCAGGGGAACCGUUCAGUAUUUUGUUUGUUUAGAACUCCCGAAAGUGACUGACCGGUACCACUUUUCUUCUGGAACUAAUUUGGCAGACGACAUGUGUGCGGUCGGUCAAACUUUACCCUGGUGGCGAUUCGGCUGUAUUCGUGGGAUUUGAGCGCCAUUCAGACACUUUAGAUGCUCAGAUCCAGGCUAUCUGGGGAUAUAGGACUUGUGGGGGUUCCUAUUAAAAUCAUGAAUGUUUUGGGGUGUUUUAUGUUUUAUUCACUGUACCUCUAGCCUGGGAGAUAAUUAGUUUAAGUAAAGUAAACUCACUUAUCUCCCAGACACAGAGACGCCUGUGCGUGUUUUACCUAUGUUUUUGCUGGAGACCCCCUGCUGGGGGCCAUCUGGCCAUAAUAAGACAUUCCUGUUGUGCAAGUCUCAACUGAUGUUUGGGUAUGCGAAUGACGAAGAGCUAUAUUUCACAUGACCCUGCUGAAUUUUGGGAGAGUAUGAAUGAACGUACUAAACAAAGUACAGGGGGUUCAUUAUACUAUCUAUCUAUCUGUUUAUCUAUCUGCUUGUAUGUCUGUCUGUCUGUCUCUCUGAUGAAGUCAUCUUUAGUACUAAUCACUUUUUCUUUCAGCUGGGGAAAAUGGGGCCCAACGUUCUGGUGUCCAUAUGGCUAUCUAAUGGCCUUCUCACUGAGGGUAGAGGGCUCUCAAGGACAGGGAGAUGACACUGCGGCAAACAACAUCAAAUUGAAAUGCUCAGAUGGUAGCAUUCUCGAAGGAAAUGGCCUCUAUUGGGGGACUUAUGGAGACUGGAGCAGCAACUGCACCAUGGGUGUUUGUGGAAUUGAGUCAAAGGUAGAAGAUUCCCAACCUGUGGGAGAUAACACAGCUCUCAACGAUGUGAGAUUUACCUGCUGUGACGGGCAACCAACACUACAUGCACAGGCAACAGGGCACUGA